AAUUAAAAACGAGAAUGAUAAGUCAGGUUAGAACACCAUAAGAAUAAUUUUGAUAAAUUGAUGGGAAUCAAGACAACAGCAUAUCUACCACGUCAUGUGAUCCAUUACACACCCAAGGAGGUCCAGUCACGCGAGCUAGAGCUAAGAAGAUGUGUGAAGCUUUAAAUGGCCUUAUUGAGCAGAUAUGGGUUGAAAACAAUAUACAACAAGAAAAUCGAAGCUUGGAUGAUUAUCAAGGCAUGAUAAACAUCAUUCAGGUUCAAGAGAAGCUUAAUUGAGGUCAUUUAUGCUAAAGUACACAGUUUGCGUCAAUCUCGCAAUUCUGUCGCAAUUUGUAACAAACUGAUAUUUCAUGU